GACAGGGGAUAGGACUGGAGAUGAAACGAGAGUGAUCAGCCACCGGGAACAUCGCAGGAACAAGAACUCGAGAACCAUCGAACAGAAGCGAGCUCUCGUGUCGGAGGAAUGGCGGCCCGGUGGGUGGUGCCAUGGGUGUCAUCCCGAGCAGCACCGAUGGUUUUCUCCUGUGGUGCACGAUCGAGUGCUCGACUGCGACAGCAGCAUUUUCGAAAGCUGUUUCUCGGGGAAAGUUUUCUGGCGAGGCAUGUGAUGAGCUUCGGCGGCAGCGGGAGUAAGAAAGGCGACAGGUUGAAAAUUGUGGCAUCAUCGUCCACUUCUUCGCCAUCUCUCAAGUCCGCUCUGCCUCUCUCGGACCGUUUAGAGUGGAUCAGUAGAAGUCAUUUGUGCGGGCAACUCAGUGAAGCCAACGAAGGAGAGCGAGUUCGCCUUUGCGGAUGGGUGGCAUCGCAGAGGAGUCAUGGAAAUCUUACAUUUGUCAAUUUGCGUGACCACACUGGAAUUGUCCAGGUGGCGACAGAUCCAAUAAAGUUUUCAGAGGCGCAUCUGGCCGCCGAAAGAGUUCGAAUUGAGUAUGUCGUAGUAAUUGAAGGAACAAUUAGGUGUCGGCCUAAAGAUGUUAUCAACAAGAAGAUGGCCACUGGGUCGAUAGAGGUACUAGCAGAGCGUGUACAGCUGCUGAACCCCGUUCGCAUGGCCCUUCCGUUUCCGAUAACCACGGCUGAUAAUGAAAAAGUAACGACAAGUGAAGAAGUUCGCUUAAGGUACCGACAUUUGGACUUGCGACGCUCACAGAUGAAUCACAACUUGAGACUUCGUCACACGAUUAUAAAACUUAUACGAAGAUAUCUUGAAGACUCUCUCAACUUUGUGGAGAUCGAAACUCCAAUAUUAACGAGGUCAACUCCUGAAGGUGCCCGAGAUUAUCUUGUGCCAUCUCGAGUGCAGGGUGGACACUUUUAUGCCCUUCCUCAAAGUCCGCAGCUUUUCAAACAGAUGCUUAUGGUUUCAGGGUUUGACAGAUACUAUCAGGUUGCAAGGUGUUUUCGCGAUGAAGAUUUGAGAGCUGAUCGGCAGCCAGAAUUUACACAGCUUGAUAUGGAGUUGGCUUUCACGCCCUUGGAGGAUAUGCUCCAUUUGAACGAAGAGCUCAUGAGACACGUGUUUCGGGAGACAAGUGGCAUUGACUUGCCCAACCCUUUUCCGAGAAUUACAUACGCUGACGCAAUGGCUCGCUUCGGCUCUGAUAAACCUGAUACUCGCUUCGGCAUGGAGCUCACUGAGAUAACCGAUUUACUAGCAAAAUCAAGUCAUCCUGCAUUUGUGGAGCCUUUGAAGUCCGGUGCGGUGGUGAAAGUACUUUGUGUACCGGGCGGUUCCUCGAGGAUAUCUUCAACGCGAUUGAAGAAAGGCGAUGUCUUCCAAGAAGCUAGGAAAGCUGGACUGAAAAACUUGCCUUUUGUGAAGGUUGUUGAAGGAGGUUCUCUGGAUGAUUCAUCAGCUAUCAUCCAAAGUUUGGAUGUGCUUCAGAGAAAGGACCUGGAAAAGAGACUCGGGGCACAAGCUGGGGACUUAAUUUUGUUUGGUGUAGAUUCAACUGAUACCGUUAGUAGGGCGUUGGGUCGCCUUCGCACGUUUAUCGCUGAGGGCUUGGACUUGAUCGACAAGUCCUCCCAUGCGAUGUUGUGGAUCACUGACUUCCCAAUGUUUGAGUAUAACGCUGAUGAAGACAAACUUGAGGCUCUCCAUCACCCAUUCACAGCACCGCAUCCAGAUGACAUGGAAGACUUGAAAACUGCGCGGGCUCUAGCAUACGACAUGGUGUAUAAUGGUGUAGAGGUUGGAGGUGGAAGUUUGAGAAUGUAUCGGCGGGAUAUUCAAGAGAAGGUGCUCGCCGCUAUUGGGUUGACUUCAGAGCAGGCGGAAGAGAAAUUUGGAUAUCUUCUAGAGGCCUUCGAUCUUGGAGCUCCUCCUCAUGGAGGCAUUGCAUAUGGACUGGACCGCUUGGUAAUGCUUUUGGCUGGUGAGAGUUCGAUCAGAGACGUAAUAGCAUUUCCUAAGACAACUGCAGCACAGUGUGCUCUAACGAAUGCUCCAGCUUUGGUAGACGCUCAACAACUGAGUGAUCUCUCCCUUUCGAUUAUAGAAAAGGUUACAGUUGCGUAGAAACACGUAGGAAUAUUAUAGAGUUGACGUGACUUGAUCUGAACCCAGUCAGGAGCACCAUGAGAUGGAUAUCAUUGUAGAAAUUGAUACGCCAUUCGUGCACAUGUAGCGAAGUGUUUGCUAAUGCUUAAGGGUGUCAUUUUUGGCAGUGUUUUUGCCACGUGCUCAAUAUUUUCCACGUUUUGUGCCGUGGAUGGUAUUCGCUUAUUUCGAGAUGAAGUUAUUACAC